GUCAGGCACUACCUGGAAGAAAACCAACCGGAGAAGCCGAAACGAGUAGAGAGUCGAACUCCGGCCACAUUUCUGGAUACAAAAUCUGUAUAUCUAUAAUCUAGAGAUGAUGAUUUGGAUGAAAAUCUCAUUCAUAAUCAUCAGCAUUGCGUUUGCAGAAUCUACGGAUGCAUCUCAGGUUAGAUGCAGCAAGAAAUGCGUGGCGGAAAACUGUAACUCGAUUGGGAUUAGAUACGGGAAGUACUGCGGUGUUGGAUGGACCGGAUGUCCAGGUGAAAAGCCGUGCGAUGAUCUUGAUGCUUGCUGUCAGAUUCAUGACGAUUGCGUCGAGAAAAAAGGAAUGACUAAUGUGAAAUGCCACGAAAAGUUCAAGCGCUGCAUAAAGAAAGUUCAGAAAUCCGGCAACACGGGGUUCUCUAAGGACUGCCCCUAUGACACUGCAGUGCCUACAAUGCAACAGGGUAUGGACAUGGCCAUCUUAUUUAGCCAGUUUGGUAACUCUAAGAUUGAACUCUAAUUGGCUUUCUACACAAUUUUUGGAGAUGAAACUUUUAUACAGUCGAUCAUGACCCCAUUUUUUGUAAAAGUUACCUUACAAAUUCAAUUUGUAACAAGAAAGUAUGACAUAACUCGCAUUACAUUGAUCUUGAUCAUCAUUAGUUGUUUGUGUUUUGAUUGUAA